AUGAGAGUGCUUGAUCAAUGUGGCUGUGGAGAUCCACGUUUUCCGCUUCCAUCUGAUGAUAAACGCUACUGUAGCGCUACGAGUGUUACUGACAGGCAAUGCCUUUCCAAUCUAAUCAGCUCAUCUGGUGGGUAUCAUCAUCUACAGUUGGAGUGCGACUGUUGUCAGCCAUGUACUGAAAAGGUGUUUGAGACUUCUUAUUCAGCAGCUGCAUGGCCUUCAAUGAACUUCAAGAUUGGAGCGAGUUGCCCAGCUGACAUCUUUAACGAUACCGGGGCUUGCACCGAGUAUUACCGUGUCAACACUGCAUACGUCGAAAUUUACUAUUUACAGCUAAACUUUGAGACGCUACGAGAGACUGCUGGAUAUACUAUGGUAAAUCUCUUCUCCGAUUUUGGUGGUAACCUCGGCUUAUGGAUUGGAUUUUCUGUUAUUACCGUUUGCGAGAUAAUCGAGCUGAUUUUCGAAAUCGGCUACUAUCUGCUUUGCAUCAAACCUAUUCGGUACACCAAAUCUGGACCAAUAGCAGCGAACGAAGUGGCGAAACGACUAAAAAUUCGACCGUCAUGUAAACAAGCUGGAGCGUUUCUGAUAAAUUAUGCUACAGAGGAGUCAGGCUUACCGAUAGAUCCAACUAAAGGACCCACAAGUCCGACCGUUUUACCACCAUCGGGUAAGUGUAGUCCAUGA